CAACAAUUAAAAUCUUGGGAAACUAAAGUCAAGCAACAAGCCGUUACAUCUCAUGAUGACAUUACUUGGUCUCCAUUAAAUUUACUCGCCAAGACUCUGAAUAGCACUUACAUGACAUCUGUCGUGCCGCCCUGUUGGCAUCACAUCUAUUUUCCAUCUCGUCUCACUGAAUCAGAACUAGCAAAUGACGGUUAUGAUACACUAUUUCUUCCUCCAAAGCCUUUUGAACAACGACUUUGGGCAGGGGCACGAUUCCAAUGGAGCCCUACAAACGUUCUGCAAGUAGGAGAUAAGGCAAUGAUGAAGACACAUCUAGAUCACAUGGAUAUUCAAAGACAAGACUCAGUAGCUGUCUGGAUUAACAAAGACAUUUCUAAUGAGAAUGGAUGGUCAAUGAGUGAACAACGAUGUCUCGUCUAUUUUCCGUCCACGAUGACUCGUCGCCGUCAUAAAAAAGGAAUUCAAACCAAUCGGCAACCCGAAUUUAGCAAGAUCAUCACCCCCACUUCCAUUUUAUUAUUUAGAUAUUCUGCAUUAACGUUUAAUUCACAUAAAAUACAUUUUGAUCAUGAAUAUGCAACAAAUAUAGAACAUCAUCCAGCGUGUUUGGUUCAUGGUCCACUCAGUGGCACAUUACUUAUGGAACUGUUAAGAGAGCAGACAAAGAGGCGUGUAAUAUCGUUUGAAUAUCGUUGUUUAUCACCUCUCUAUGUCAACAAGCCUAUGAUGUUGGCUGGUAAACAGUCGAAUGAAAAUGAAUAUGAGUUAUGGAUAAAUGAUGAUUCAGGGUAUUUGGCUGUGAAAGGAACGGUUAAAGUG